GUUGGAGCUGAGAAAAAAAUAUGAGAUGUAGGAGUAAGAAGAAGAAUAGAUUGAAUGGAAAGUUUUGGUUCCGUCAGACAACCCCUCUCUGUGUUGGGUGGUGUGUGUGUGUGUGUGUGUGUGUGUGUUGGGUGGUUAUAAGAAGGGGGCAACAUGAGCUGUUGACUUUUUUUUCUAAUUCUUAUGCACCACUCGCCUCUUUUGAGCUACGAAGCAUUUGGAAGGAAACCUUCCCCAUGGACAACAUGCACCCUUCUGCCAGGCAUUUUGCCGUCGCCUUCCUCCUGCUUGGACUAGUGUGUGUCUCCAGCCAGAAUAACAUCAUCACCUGGUGCACAGUAACAGAGGCAGAGGAGCAGAAAUGUCUGGAUAUGGCCGGGAAUGCCACAGCCAGGAACCUCCGUGGAAAGCUACAGUGCAUCAGGGGCCUGAGUCCCACCGACUGUAUGCUGAAAAUCAAGGAUGGAUCAGCGGACGCGGCCUCCAUGUACCCUGAUGAGAUCUACACCGCUGGGUUUUGCUACGGACUCGAACUGGCAGCUGGCGAGUCUUUCAAUGGAGAGGAUGGCAUAAACUACUACGUGGUUGCCCUGGCGAGGCGCUCCUCCAGUGACCUGUCUCUGCUGGAGAUGCACGAGCGCAGCUCCUGCCACCCUGGCAUACGCACCACGGUGGGCUGGACCGUGCCCAUCGGCUUCCUGGUCAACACCUCACAGAUCAGCGUGGACGAGCAGUGCAACUUUCCCCAUGCGGUGGGGGAUUUCUUCGGGUACAGCUGUGUCCCGGGAGUGAAGGAUCUGCAGCACGACCCCAAGGGGAACAACCCCAAGAACUUGUGCGAGGCCUGCAUCGGGGACGAGAACGACCGGCACAUCUGCGUCAACAACCCCCGGGAACGCCACUAUGGGGAAGCUGGGGCGCUCAGAUGUGUGGCAGAGAAUCUUGGGGACGUGGCCUUUGUCAAACACACUACAGUCUUUGAUAACAUGCAGGGCAGGAACCAGGAGUCUUGGGCGCUGGACUUGGAGCUGGAGGAUAUGAAGCUGCUGUGCCCUGAUGGCGGUGAGGCCUCACCGUUCGAGCACAAGCGCUGUCACCUGGCCGUGGUGCCCACCAACGCAGUGGUGGUGCGUGCGGAGGACAAGUGCCGCGUCUACAAGUUCCUGGAGCGCGUGCAGAACGCCUUUGGCAAUGCCACACAAGGUUUUUCUCUGUUCAGCUCGGUGGGUUAUGGAGCAGCAAACGUGCUCUUCAGCGACGCCACCAAGAAGCUGCUGCGGGUGGUGGGCAGCUACACGUCGUGGCUGGGGCCCACCUACACUACUGUGCUUCAGGCGUUUGAGUGCGAAGGGCUGUGUUGACUGAUCGAGGAGCUCUCAGAAACCUUCUCCGUCCCUCUCCAAUGACUACCACCACCUCCACCACCACCACCACCACCACCACACCCCCACCCGUCACUCCUCCGCCUCUUCCCCUCCACCCUGCUACUGCUGGUGCUGCCGCCAUCUCCGCUCCCCUCU